AUGCAAGACAAAGUAGACCCCACAACUCUCUACAUAGGUAUCAGAGGACUACAACGAGAUUCACGUGGCGGUGCCGGUUGGGACGUGCAGCCAGAGAAGCUGGACUUCAGCCAUUUCCACAGGAAACACUUCAGAGGAACGCCAAAGCACCUGCCACACAUCGACAGAGAGGGGAUGAAUAAAAACAAGUUUGAGGAAGAUGACGGCAUAGACAUGAAUGACAUAGAGAGGUUCCUUCCCCAUCUGCGCUCUGUCUUCCCUCCCCUUCCUAAUGAGGCUGAGAUCGCACAAACCAAAAAGCUGUUCCGACGCAGGAGGAAUGACCGACGAGCGCUUGAUCAGUUCACCAGAGACCAGUUAACCAUACUCCUGCCUCACGGCCCUGGGGGAAGGCGGCAUGUCUCAGCCAGGAGACAGCAGCGACCUCAGGGAGGAGGAGGAGGAGGAGGUGGAGGGGGCGGAGGAGGCGGAGGGGGGGGCGGAGGAGUGAAGAACCAACCUCAGCUGAUACAACAACAGUCCCCACAGCAUCAGAGGGAUCUAACCCAACAACAAUGUCAAAACCAACAGCAGCAGAAUAUACCGGAACAGGGAGAUAACAGAAACAGUAGUGCCGGUCGGCCGCCGCGCCAGUACCAGGGGGGGCAUGGGCAGCGCCAGGGAGGACCCCCGCACCACGGAUACAGCCAGAACAGGCGCUGGCACCCCAAUCAGAAAGUUCAGGGAUACGGACAGACGAACGUUACAGGGGACAAAGGAGUACCCCCGAGAGCAACCAAAGACAAACAGACUGAGAAUGUAAAACCAGGUGAGGAGCAGAUCAGUGCACCUCAAGACUUCAGAAGUCCCACUGAAUCCCCCAGACCUGAGUCCGCACCAAACACAAAUGCUUUCCCACAACCGACAGUUAAAAAGGAAUCUCCCAACCCACCAGGAAGUAGAAAGGCAAGCGAGGGCCAGUCGGAGCGGCCCAAAAUCGACUUGCUGCAGUCGUCAAAGGAGAGGCUGAGGAGGAGACUAAAGGACAAGGAAGAGGCUGGUGUGGAGGCGUCGGGCCCCGGCUCACAGAGCAUGGACCGGCUGGUGGAGCUCCUCAACAGCAUGAGGAGCAACAGCAGUGGGGUGGAGCAGCAGCUGGCCUCCUUCAUGGAGGAGGCGCAGAAUUCGGCACGGUGCGAGGAGACCCUGGCUCAGGUGGUCAGCACCCUCUACUCCAAAGCCGUGUCGGACAGGAGCUUCGCCGCCACAGCCGCCAAGCUCUGUGACAAGAUGGCGCUGUUCAUGGUGGAGGGGACCAAGUUCAGAUCUCUGCUGCUCAACAUGCUGCAGAGGGACUUUGCCCGUCGAGAGGAGCUCCAGCAGUCGGAUGUGGAGAGGUGGUUAGGUUUCAUCACCUUCUUGUGUGAGGUGUUUGGCACCAUGAGGAGCAGCUCUGCGGACCCUUUCAGAGUGCUGGUGUGUCCCAUCUACACCUGCCUACGAGAGCUAUUGGAGUCCACUGAUGUGAAGGAAGAUGCAGUGCUGUGCUGUUCAAUGGAGCUCCAGAGUAUGGGGCGCCUCCUGGAGGAGCAGCUCCCUGAGAUGAUGACGGAGCUCCUGGCCGCCGUCAGGGACAAGAUGCUGAGCCCGGGCGAGUCGCCGCUGACCCGCUCUCUCCUCAUGGAGGUCAUCGAGCUGCACGCGCACCACUGGAACCCCCUGGAGGCCCUCACCACCCAAUACUACAACCGCACCAUCCAGAAGCUCACCACCUCCACUGCCUAGGUGCCAGAGAGGAGACCCCCUCCCCCCUCUGUUGCCCCUGGAAACAUUUUCCAUUUGAGCAUCAAUGUGCUCUUCCACUUUUACCAAAACAUAGGAAUUUAACAACACUCUAAAUGAAUACAUGCUUUACGUUUUUUUUGCACAUUUCACUAAUUUCUCCAAGAUGGGUGACCACUACCGCAAAAAAGAAAAGAAUCACUAAACAGGACCCCCGAUCCAUCAAGGCAACACUACAUGUGGCGUUCAAACAAUGAAAAGCGUAUUUGACACACAACAGCAGCGUAUAUGUGGCCAGUAGGGGCCACACAGGGC